AACCAGCAGCACAUGUCUACAAUGCAAUGUCUACAAUGAAACUUAAUCAGUAGGGAGCACUGGCACUGACUCGAUUGAUCUAAGGGUCAGUGUACUGACACUUUAACAUCCAAAGGUGAGAAUGUAAAUAUGCCGGUGUGGGUGUGACUGGAGUUCAGGUAGGUGUGUGAACAGUGAACAGUUACAGAUCCCCCGGGGAAGAGACAGGAAACAAUAGUGCCCUUUGGAACAGCCAUGACUCAUGCUUGAAGGACUAUCUUUCAUAAGAGAAAGUUCAGAGUCCCUUUAAAGGACACCUGAGACAGGCGCAACUCACCCAGGACCACCAAAGCGCUUAUCUCAGCUAUGCCAGGACUAUUUCUCUUGAAAAAAACUAAAUUUUCUCACACUUAGUCACUGAAUGGCUUUCAGCAGUUUCUUUGUUUAUUAGACACAGCUACAUUACUUAACCUUGUUCCUAUCUUUUGCCCUUCAUUGCCGGGCCAGCAGUGUUUUCUCAACAAUGCAGCUCAGAAUGUACUCUCUGAGCAUAUUGCAGCUUUUUUUUCUGCGUCUUACAGAGCAGAAUUUGAAACUCUCUGUACAUAAGGUCAGAUCACCUAUUUUGCCGCAGCACAGCUUGGUUUUGUGAUGAUGUUCUAUAAUGAGUUGUCAAUAAACCUUCAAAAUUGUGUCAGCAGCACAAGCAAAGCCCAAUUUCAUUUUGACAAUUGGACACAUCAAUAGUAGCCGCAUCCAUCUUUAACACUCUGACAAAAGGAAGCGUCAACCCUCAUUCAAGACUGAUGAUUGGUGACCGCUGCUUUGUCCCUUGUUCUUUCUCUUGGUCCAUUUCUGUACUUAAUCUGUGUGCUUAUGGCCACACCCUUGUCCAGAUGUUGAGUCUCAGGGAAUCUCUCCCUCUACACAGAUAGACAGACAGAUAGAUAGAUAUUUCAGAGAGGGUGCUAAGUUAUAUUUCCUCUGUUAAAUAGAGCACCCAGAAAACAAGUACUAAACUGGUGAAUGAACAACUGAAAGAACUGUCUGCCCACAAAUGACUCUCAGAGGGAUCAGUGUUCAUUCACACUUCACUGUUGUGAUCCCGUGCUAGUGUGUGUAUUGAAAGAUGAUACAUAAUAUCAUGGUAUCACAAUAAAAGAAGAGUCAUCUCAUAACCAUUGAGAAAUGUUGUUUCCAUAGCAACAGGGGGAGAAUGAUGGUUAAGCCAGAGAGACUUCGAGAGGGAGUGGCACUUCUUUAUAAAGAAGGAUGUGAAAGACAGAAACACAUCUCCACUGUGUUUGUGUGUCUGCAUGAUUCCAACAGACAGUGAGGGCAUUUCAAGGCCUUUCGAGGGAGCGAGUAAUUUGGCUGUCCAUCCAUUGAUUUCCUUUACAUUCAUUCAAGUGCUUCCCCUUUAUUUUCUGUCAGAUGCAUGAAGUGGCACCAACGCUGGCAGCUUAACCACCGCUGCACUGCCUCAUCUCCAUAAUCUCCUCCUUCUCUCAGUAUCCAAUUUCCUUCAGCCCUCCACCACAUCUCACGUGUAGUCUUUCCCCACAACACCCACACAAACACAGGCACACACAUUCCUUCUUCAUUCUCCCUCUCAGACACACACACACACGCACACAGACACACGCGUGCACCCCUCCUGCCUGGGGAUUUGAAGAUGUGACUGAGGCUGGUUUGUAAUCAGAUGAAAAACGAGUAUAAUCCCGAAGCUCCCUCCAUCUUUUACACUGCUGGAGUGGGGAUGCUGAAGGAGAGGACAAGGGCCAGGAUGGGUCACGUGUGACGGAGAGAUCUGUGCCGACGGAUCCUGCCUUUAUAAGGACCUGGACUGACGCUGCACUCUUAGGAGACUGGGAUGACCGCAGAGAUCACAGAAGAGACAGUGGACGGGUAAAGACGGGGAGAGGACAUCAAAGAGAGCUUCAUCUGUGACUGGCACACAAGAUCCAGAAGAUAUCAAAUGGCAGAGGCUGGGCAAACUGUGUCACACUGUGGCACAAUCCCUUCAGACCCUGUUAUCACAGCUGAGUACAGUUCAGCAGAGGUGAAGCCUGAAGAUGUACCCCUGAAGAGCUCCAAUGAAGCAAUAUACUUCCCAAAAGACCUCAACGGCAGCCAGAUCGAUCAACACGAUACAAGUGGUCCCUGUAUUUCUGAGACCCACGUGUCUGAUGGUGUGUGUUUACAGUCAGUGAGCCAUCAGAAUAAACACACAUGUAGGUGUUCACUGACGGUGCACAGGGAACAUGUCUUAUCUCCUCCCAAGGUCCUACAAGACCACAGUCUCUUAUCAAUGCAAAGAAGCCACUCAGACAGCUUGCAGAUUUUUAAAGAGACCACAGCUUCUCCUCUCUACUGUGAAACAGGUGUUUCUUUUUGCCAUGGACGAAACCAGGAUGUCUGUGCGCGGUCGUUUCCUUCUUUAGUGUGUAAACAGGCCAUGCCGCUUCAGCAGAACAAUACUAUGACCACGUCCACUAGAGCAGGAAGUAGCAGGUCGGGCAGCCCAACUCAACCAGCCAAACAUGGCUUCAUUCACAUCUGUGAAGUCAUUCCAGAAGCCACCUGCCCCAUAUUCAAAGAAUCUGUUUGUUGUAAGUCACACUUCCACCAUGGAGCCAUCGAGGACACUUUUGCGGCAUACUGCCACCCGCAACCAAUUCCUGCCCCGGCCCAGCUGCUUCCACACUUGAUAGGAAUGGAGAAGUACAAGGGCCAAGUAUCAGCAGGCAACCUGCUCGCUCUUCCCCGGCUUAUCUCUUCUGUCAGCGAGACUGGACUGGACGGUAAGCGACUCCUCUGCUGCUGCAAUCCGGACUGCUCUUGGCCUGCUCCGUUGGGGCCAGCUGGCGCCCGACAGCAGAUGGAUGAAACGUCCAAGAGGGAAGCAGGGACCAUGACCACAGAAAAAGAGCUGAGAGAUGUGGGAGUGCAAGUAGGUCAGGACUCUGAGGAACAGCCCCAGCACGUGUUCCCAGAAGUUUGCCUGGUUGAGGAGAAGACGAAUGCGCAUGGCAAAGAGGCAUCAAAGAGUCAAAAGUCUCCUGUGAAAGAGGUGAAAUGGGAUGCGGAGGGCAUGACCUGGGAGGUAUAUGGAGCCUCGGUCGAUCCUGAGGAACUCGGCCUUGCAAUUCAGAAACAUCUAGAGGUACAGAUCAAAGAAACGAAGGGAAUAGCAGCAAAGCUCUCGCACCAGAACACGGACACAUCCCAGCACAGCUCAGGAUUGACCCAGAGGAGAAAAAAGAGGUUGUUGGGGUUUCUGCACUACCCGGGCUGUUGUACUCGCACCACCGGUGCAGUGGACUAAAGGACACCAAAUAGACAAUUUAAAGGGGUCAUAAAAUGCUACAUGCACUUUUACAGGUUGUUUGAACUAAAAUGUGAGUUUGCAGUGUUUUUUUUUUGUUUUUUUUUGCUUAAAUCAUUUCCCCUUUCUCAAAUCGAGUCUUUGUCACAUCACAAAAACAAGCCCCUCCCACGAUAGUUUGAUUGACAGUGGUGUUUCAGCACAGACUGGACUGGUGUCUUACCUCAGACCCGCCCAGAGUGAGCUGUCAUCAGUCCUCCAUUGUUUCACCGCUGGAGCAGAUGUAGACAAGAAUGACUCCUAAGAAACUGAGGUGUUCUGUUGUUGGAUGUAAUAAUGGACAUAGCAGUCGUCAUUUACGCAGUGGAUUUUGUUUGUUUCUGAAGGGAACGUGCCCUGAUCUGCCCAAAUGCAUCUAUGUUGGUGUGAAUCAGUCGUUAUCCAGCUUUAUCUAAAGAAGAAGUGAGUGUAAGGUUUUUACUGAAUCUUUGCAAAACACCUUUCCUAAUAAUGUGCUAGUUAGCAAGGUUCAGAAUGAAUGCACGGCUAAUCUAAACAGUCCCUCAGAGAGCCACUCAGAAGAGAGGGGUGGGGUCAGCAGAGCUUAUUUGCAUUUAAAGAAAAAUGCUACAAACCUGCUGCUGUGAAAAGAGCUGUUUUUGAUUACGACUAAGUUCCUGCCUUGCAUUAUUCUAUGUGGAAACGAAAAACGUUUCUUGUGCACGUUUUUCAGCACUGUGAAAGCACUUGUGAUGGAUGUAAGAGAAUACAGUAACUGUGGCGCUAUCUGCUGGUCAAAGCACGAUAGUAAAACAGAGGGUAUAAAAUCAUGUGUAAAUUCUUUUAAAAGUAAAACUAUUUACAUGACACUACGUUUCAAAAGGUUAGGGCUUUCCGAACUUAUUUCAAUAUGUGAUUUGGUGCUCAAUAAAUAUUUCUUAUAAAUAUCUAUGUUUAGAAAAAGGGUUGUACUGUUUUGUCAGGCUUCCUUUAUGAAUAGAAAUGAAUAGAAUAUUUUGUAAUAUUAAAUGUCUUUACUGUUGCUUUUGACAUCCUGACUAAAUAAAAGCAUACAUAUAUGACCUCAAACUUUUUAAAUAGUAGUGUAUAUAAAUUUUUAAUAAUAAUAUAAUAAAAUACAAAUAGUGAGAUAUUAGAUGUAGCAGGUGAGCUAAUUAUUUUAGUCAUUUGUCAAUACAUUUACAAAAAUAUACAUAUAUUUUUAAAUAACAUAAUUUCCAAUCAAUUUCACAUUUAAUGAGAAAAUUAGCUCUGGGUUUACUACAGCAUGACAGCAGGUUAUUGGGAAGAUGGAUUAACUGUAUUCAGAGUAACACAUUUUCACACUUGGAAGUUGAAUGUGGCUUGUUCAGUUAUUUGUUAAAGCAAAUGAAAUGUCUCAUCCGAGGAUUGUUACCAUCUUUGUAAUCUGUAACCAAUAAAAGCAAUAUGGCACUUAAUUGACAACA